AUGGGCAAGAGUAAGAAGAAGAACCAGGGCGAACCGCCACUUGGUGAUUUUCGCAAAUGUCCCUCCGCCCGUAAGCUCUUUGAGUCUCUCGGCCGGGCAUUUCCUGUCAAGGUCAACAAACAGCGUACCCUCAACAGCUUUGUCAUAUGGCUUAUCGAACGCCUGAUUGACAAGGACGUGUCCAACCCGUCAAGCGCUGAAUCCGAACUCAAAGAGUGGUAUCAGCUGCUCAAGAGCUGCCGCAUUGACGACCAGACCAUCAUUGAUGGUUUUGUCGAGCUAGAGCAGAGCCACGUCUCAGAGCACCCUCUCGACGCGAGACGUCUUCACAUCGUGGAAACUGAGUUGCGGGAACUAAUCAGGACUACGGCCUCGCUGCCCCCAGCUCCAUCCAAAUCUUCAACAGCUCAUAAGAUUCAAAAGCCCUCAGGCACUUUGUCCAAGCCCAUGGAUGAACACAAGCAUCUCAAUCGGCGGGUGUCAGUCCUGAGGAUUGUUGCUGGCCCUGACCCUUCAAAAUCAACGAACGAUUACACCCAUCCGGAUAGAAGACUGUCAGGCCUACCGGCCCGCAAUGACUCUACCGCUGCCUUUGAAGGAGACAUGAGCGAUUAUAUCCAUCCUGGAAGAAGGGUUCUUGUCAGCACACCACAAGAGUCUCCGAAACAUGAUUCUCCGCCGCCAACAUUGGCUCAUAUGCACCCGGAUAGGGCUGCAUCUGUCUCGGUGGACCACUCCUCUCCUGCUCCCGAGAUCAUGUAUGGCCGCAUGCAUCCUGAUAGGAUGAUGUUUUCUCGAGAGGCUGCUCCUGAGCCUGGAGAGCUGAUUGAAAAGGUAGUUCCCGCUGCUGACUGCAUUCGAACGGGAACAGGAAGACAGGGCAAGAGUAACACAUUUGAUCCUUCCUGUCCCGAUUUGCCGUUUUUAUCAGGAGCAAAUGCAAUGGCCAUGGAAGACUCGGUGAGGCAGAGAGAGAAGAAAAAUCAGGAGCAGGAGUGGGAAAAGUUGGAGCAGGAGGAGAAGCAGAAGCAGACGCAGAAACAGAAGGAGAAGGAGAAGGAGAAGGAGAAAGGCAAGGAUCUCUCCUUUCUUACCGGUUCCAACCGAAUGGUGUUCGGUGAUGACUGGGCGUUGGCCAGAACGAAGAAGAAAAAGAAGAAGGCCGCGCAAACUGAGCUAGUUUUGGAGUACGGUGAGAGCCCGGUUGACGUGGGAAACGCCAAAUCGGCUACCAAGGGUGACAAGGAGUUUACCAUACCGGGAAACUAUGUGUGCAACCGUUGCAACGUGCGUGGUAAGUAUGAACCCCCAGGCAUGAUAUUACUGAUGUUAACCCUAUUAGGCCAUCUUAUUCAAGAUUGCCCAACGAACGGGGACUGGCGAUAUGCCGUCAAAGCACCCGAGGACUACACUUGCAAUUUUUGUGGAAAACAGGCAGAUCACUAUAUUGAUGACUGCCCGCGGAAGCCUUCGAAAGGCUCGCGCAACGGUCAAACUGAGCGUGACGCGCCUCGGAGAGUCGUCAGUGAUACCAUCCGAGAUUCCGUCAUAGACUCCUACCGACCCGAGCCCCGCUCCCACAAGCGACAUCGCAGUAUGGACAGUGAGUUUGACGAUGAUGACUAUUUGGCCUCGAGACCUCACCGCCGUGGGACGAGGGGCCGCAAGUCUCGGCGUGCAGAUGAUGAUCCAGAGAGCAACGUGUCUUUUCGGGGAAGGGCUGGUACGAACGACAGUCCUUGGGGUGACUUGAAGUCUUCCAUCGUGGGUUAUCUCGAUCCAGACAAGCCCGUUGGUGACGAACCCCCCACCAAGGUCUACACCAACCGCAGGCCUCCGCUCGUCAGCCCAGACCCCUGUGAGGAGGGACGGCUUUCGUAUUAUGAUGUGCCAUCUGAAGACGCGCAGCCCGAGCACUCCACUUUGAAGAAUAAGAAGAGGAAGACGCCCCCGAAGAAAACGCAGCUGGUUGUGCCCAAGUUCGAGAGAUCCCCUAUUCGUAUCGCCAAUGCGCCGCCCCCCAGAAUUCGAGUUGGCCCACAGCAGGUCGGCCAAAUGAUUGAGGAAGAGAGGGACAAGAACGACUUGAUCCCCUCGUUCUUCAAGAUGUUUUUGGGCAAGAAGGUCUAUUGCAGGACCAAGGCCAAGCGUCCAGUGGCAAUUGACUUUAUUGAUAUGCCCUCCGAGAGUGAGGGGGGCGAUGACGAUGCCAUGGAGACUGACCAGGCUCAAGAUUCUGUCAAGAACGAGCAAGGCGAUAUGUCCGCCCAGCUGAAGAGCCGGCUCUCGCCUGGGCCCUCGGUGGACGAGCCACAGCAGGCGACCAAUUCUUCUGUCAUUCAACACCUCCACGAUGUCAUCGACGUGGAUGAUGAUGUUGUCAUGACGGAGGCUAGGCCGUCUGUGAUUGUCAGCGGGUUGGGAGACGUUACCGACCUCACUGGGCUAUCUGAUGGCGAGUCCCAGAGCCACAUUGUGGUGGUUGAUGAUUAG